CUUGGAUGACGUUGACGGAACCGCCGCCCCCUCUUUGCCCGCGCAAGCUAGCACCUGUAGCUCCAAGUUUACAGCACAGCUACCUGCUUGCCGCCUAGCAAGGAAAAAAAACAUUCAAAAACUGACGCCGCGCUCCCUAAGACCACGUUUUUGAUUUCCUGCAUCGCUCGCUUCUUGCGCACUCCCACCCUUUUUCCCCUUUCCUUUUACACAGGUGCUUUUUCCUUUCCACGGCAAAAGCUUUAUAGUGCUCAACGUUAAUCAUUUCAAGCAGUCUACGCUGUCCAAUCGCCAAGAUGACGCUCUACUACACCAUCGUCUUUAUGCUCCUCGUCUUCGAGAUGGGCGUCUUCAUGAUGCUCAUAAUCCCCUUCCCCAACACCAUCCGCCGCAAGAUCUUUACCUUCCUCUCCGAGAACCCCGUCGUCGCCAGCAUCAUGUACGCCAUGAAGAUCACCUUCAUCUUCAUCCUGGUCCUAUUCAUCGACAGUGUCCAGCGCGUCUACCGUGUCCAGCUUGAACUCGCCAUUGCCACUGAGAAGAUUGCCAAGGGAGGAGCCUCUGUCCUCGGCCACGAACGCUUCGAAGUCCAGGCCCGCAAGUUCUACUCCCAGCGCAACAUGUACCUUUGCGGCUUCACCCUCUUCCUGUCUCUGAUCCUCAACCGCACCUACGUCCUCAUCACCGAGAACAUCCGUCUUCAGGACCGCCUGACCGCUUUCGAGAGCAACAAGCCCAUCCCCGGCAAGGGUGGAAACGCCGAGAUCACUACCCUCAAGAAGGAGCUCGAGAAGAAGAACCUCGACCUCGAGACGCUCAAGAAGCAGAGCGAGCAGCUGCACAAGAGCUACGGCGACUUGAGCGACAAGUAUGAGGCCACACAGGCCACCGAGGCCAAGAAGGGCAAAUGAACAAGUCGUUGGUAUCCAUUAGCCUGGUUCACGUAGCCAGCGACCACUCCGAAAGAAGCAAGCCGCAAUCCAUCUGCCGAUUUGUGUAGCUUGCUAAAUUCCCCCCUGUGUGAGCGUGUUAGUCUAAUUCUAGUUGCUUUUCACUGAUAGCUUUUAAAAAAAGAAUGGAUAUAAAAGAAGAAUUGGUUCAAUUGACGUAUUAGCCUGCCAGUGACGCAUCAACCCUUGACCCUCUUUGAUCGCCGUGUCCCCGCCACGGCUGUAGAUCCUUCGUCUGCUACGUCAGGCUUUCGCUUUUCAACCGGCGGUUUCUUCUCCGCAGGUUUCUUCACAGUCGGUGUUGUCUCCUUUGCCUUUGCCGGGCCAGCUUUGCCUUUGGGGGGAGCAGCUACAUCACCGCCUCGCUUCAUAACCACAUACGCUGCUUUUUCAACGUCUACAGCACUCACUCCCAGCCUCUUCAUGAGCUUAGCAGCCACUGAUCGCAGCAUCUCAUACUCUUUCGGGUUGUACUUAAUGCUAUCUUUCUUUCCAUCACAGCAGAGCCACCAAAACGCCUCGUCUGAGAAGAAAAGCACGUUCUCCGCAUCGUGCACAGAGAGUAGAAGCGACGCGGUGGCAGGUCCGAUGCCCCGCAGCGCCGUAAGCGUUGUGAGAGCGGCUGGGAUAGUGGAUGGCGUAUAAGAGGCCAUGGCUUUGGCAAUUGUGCUGGUAGCAGUAACAUCGGUGUUGGAAGAUACGAGGUUCAUCAGCGUCGG